UAAACACUAAUACUUUUAUAUAUUGAGCUAAGAAAGGUACUAAAAAAGUACCCUGUUUAUAAGUACCCAUCUAUCUUCUUUCUAUAAUAAAGGUAUAUAAAGCCCUACAAUUCACUUAGCAAACUACAACGUCAACAGAAUAAGCAACAAUUACAAUCUACACUUUAUCUCAAAAUAAUGUCACAGGAAAAACAAUGGACUGAAGUUUUUCACGCAAUAGACAAAGACAAAAAUGGGUUUCUUACUCGUGAAGAAAUUGCACAGUGCUUAAAAGAAGUUGGUGUUUGUCCGAAUGUCGCAGACAAAAUAAUCAAGGAAACUGAUAUGAAUAGUGAUGGAAAAAUUUCUUUAGAGGAGUAUUUAAACGCGCUAAGAAAACUCCCUCCUCGUGAAAAGUGUGUUGCAAGAUGGAAUGAAGUAUUUCAGUCCAUAGACAAGGAUGGUUCGGGAAAAGUUUCUAUCAAAGAAUUGGACGAAUUUCUCAAAUCCUCCGGUAUGGAUAUAGACCAAAAAAGUUUACAUAAUUGGAUGACACAAAAUGACAAAAACAAGGAUGGUGAACUAGACUAUGAUGAGUUCUUAGCCUACGGAACCUCUUACUAUACUAUUGUUUACAGAUUGUUAUGAAAAUGAUAGCUGAUAUUCCAAAUGAAUUAUCUUCUAGAAAUCUCAUUCCCGUGGUUUCUGCAUUUACCUUAUUUUCAAUUGGGCAAACGUCUGUGAAUAAGUAAAAUUCUUCCUUGAAUUCUCUCGGAAUUUUCCAUUGUUUACUAGCUAAUUAUUGACUUUUACGGUACUUUCGAUCUUAUUAUUUUUCUUUGAAAACAUUCAGAGUACUAUUGACUCACAGGAAAGUACAACCAGAAGUUUUCCCACAAAGUCGAAAGAAGACGGGUUUCGACCUUACUUGUAAUUAAAAAUUGGAAAAAGUGAGGUAAGAUAUUUCACACAAUGUUUUACUCCAAACUAGGAGAAACAAACAUAGCUUCAUUCUCUAUGUAAAAUAUAUCGGAUCAUGUUAACACACUGAAGUACUAUAUCUAGAGCUCACUAUUUCGAAUCAAUAAUUCUAACUUAGGAGUAAGCCGAUAUACAACCAAUUGAAGAGUAACGAAUAAGGCGAAAUAUGCGUUCGAGAUUCCACCAUAUGCCACCAUCCACCUUUGCUUAUGUACGCUUGUGAUAUAAUGGCAGUAUCGAGAUCAACCGAACCGGAUGCAAAUGUUAAUUGCAGUCCUAAACAUCAAUGGAAAAUUCCAAAUAAACAGUAAAAAUUAAUUAAAGCAGUAUCCUGUUACAAAACAUUAAACACUAAAAUAACUAAAAUUUGGGGCUAAGUUCUAAAAAAUCACUGGCUAAAAGGAUAUGUCUGAGUAACAUAAGACAUUCGUAUUUUGCCUAUUUAUUGGAGUCAUAUAUUCAAUAAAUGGUACAGUUUUUUGUAUGAAACAUUAGAAGAUUAAUAAAAAUAAAUCCUCGCUAAGCAUUGAAGAAAUACUGUAUAGUUUCACAGUCUGUAAUAGGCUCACUUAAUCGACCAGAGAUACUAUUACAUGAGAUUUUGGUCUGGUAGAAAAUACCAGUAGUAAAAGAUGCUUUAACACAAACGCGGCAGGAUAAGACCACUUUCAACAUAGAAUUAGUUAAAUAUGAAUGAUGUUUGAGGUGUAUGUCUUUCCCCACUGAUAAAUCACAUCUUAGAUUAUUUGGAUACAUUACAAUCCAUAGUAUUGACCCACUGAUUGACAAUAACAGACUACGAUUGUAUCAUUAUAAGACUGCUUGUAGUGGCUGGUCCUAUGUCGAGCCCACAUAACUUACUCUGGUUCCGGACAAGCCAAUUCACUCAUUCUCCUUCAAUCAUAUUUUGACCUUGUUAAAUAUUCGUCUAUCAAUCUUGACUGUUGUGGUGUAUGAGCGUAUGUGUGUGAGUUUCUUAUCUUACUUAUCAUAUGUCUGUAGCUUAUUUUAUCUGACUAUAAAUAUUGAUUAACGCUCGGUUAAAUCGAGUUGCACGUCAUUUCGCUCCAUUUUUUUCUCUUCGUUCUGUUCCUCUGAUUGUCUGUCCAUAUCAAUGAG